AUGCCAUGGGUAAUCUCAAAAAGAUCAUAUCCUCGCCCCUAUGAGUCAAUAGACCUGAGUAGCCUCCCGACACAAUGGGACUGGCGGAAUGUGGAUGGAAAGAAUUAUGUGAGUCCCACAAGGAACCAGCAUAUCCCCCAUUUCUGCGGCUCCUGUUGGGCUAUGGGGUCAACAAGCGCACUUGCAGAUCGUAUUAACAUCAUGCGCAACGGUUCGUGGCCAUCGGCGUAUCUAUCUGCUCAGCACGUGAUCGAUUGCGGCAAUGCCGGCAGUUGUCACGGGGGCUUCGACAUCGGUGUGUACAAGUACGCCCAUGAGCACGGGAUACCCGAUGAGACCUGCAACAACUACCAAGCCAUCGACCAAGAAUGCAAUCCACUGAACCAGUGCGGAACAUGUAGCCCCGAUGGCAAAUGUACACAGCUCUCCAACUAUACCAUCUACAAGGUAGCUGACUAUGGAGGGCUCACCGGGCGUGAUCAAAUGAUGUCAGAAAUAUAUCAAUCUGGACCGAUCAGCUGCGGCAUCGAUGCUAGUCCGAUGUUUCACAACUAUUCUGGGGGCGUGUAUAGUGAAUAUAAUACCAAGCCCUUGCUAAAUCAUAUCGUCUCUGUUGUUGGCUGGGGAGUUGAUAGCACGGGAGUGGAAUACUGGAUCGCAAGAAACUCGUGGGGAACUCCAUGGGGAGAGACUGGAUGGUUCCGAAUAGUAACAAGCAAGUUUAAAGGAGGUCAGGGAAACAAUUACAAUCUCGCCAUUGAAUCGGAAUGUGCAUUUGGUGACCCAAUCCUACCAUAAGUUCUUGUCUCUGAACCCCUACCCCUCCUAAAUCUAACACACAGGCAUGACGGUGAGACACACGCGCGCGACGCACAC